AUGUUUGAAGUUAACAAUUAUGAUUUGAAGGCAGAUGGCCCGAGUUCUGAAGACGUCACAACUCCAAAAAGGGAUCUCAGCAAAAAUGCCAGAAACAUUCUUCCUGAAUAUUGUGAAGUUUGUGGAAACCGUGCAAUUGGAUACCAUUACGACGUAGCAACUUGCAACGGAUGCAAAGCAUUCUUUCGACGCACCAUAAUCACUGGAAGAAAGUUUUUAUGCAAGAAAGGACACAAAUGUUUGGAGAAAGCAGAUCCAAGAGCUCGAAGGCUAUGUCCCGGGUGUAGGUUCGAAAAGUGUGAGAAAGUUGGGAUGAACCCAAUGAAUAUUCAAGCAGAGAUGACUCAAAAAGGUGAAUUAUUGAGACAACAGUUCAUCGCAUCUCGAGAAUUCGAGCAAAGUAUCAAUCGCACGCCAACUCCGAUAGAAGAUAAAUUGAGUAUAGCCAUUUCGAAACUAACUCUGAUUGAAGACCAAGUUGAUGAUCUAUUCAAUUCAAAUAUCCCUGCACAUUAUGGAGACAUGCGUACUCUCACUGAAAUUCUUCAAAUGAAUCCAAUACUUGAAGUAUCAAGGAUACCAGAUUUAAAAUUUCUCACAAGUCAACUGUUCCCUGAUCAUGCUGGUUUCUGUCAUAACAUUUAUCUAUCAAUGGUCGAGUUUACAAAAAUGUUUGAUUCAUUCUCCAAACUCUCCAUAGAUUCAAUUAAAAAGUUAAUCAGACACGGUGCAUCGAUGUGCGUGGGAUUGAUGGCCUCCAGAAGAUCCAUUCGAAAGUUUAACGCUGAUUCCCUACGCCGUACAGACGGAACUAUCGCUGGAAAACCAGAUAGAAGUUGGAAUGGGAUUUGGGUGGAGCAUAAGAAGAUGAUACAGAAAGUGUUACAUUCGUUUGUUCGGAAUAAGAUAGAUGAUGUGGAGUUCAUGUUUCUGAAAGCCAUCGCCAUAUGCAAUCCAGCAGUACCCGAUCUCCGGAAAGCGGAUCAAGUCGUGGUAGAAAAAGAGCGAUUUCGAUAUGCCACAGCUCUACUGGAUUAUUGCUUCAGGACGUAUGGGUCAACUCAUGGCGCUGACAGAUUUGGAUCUAUUCUUUCAGUUAUGACAAUAAUGGAGAAUCAGCAAAGAGAAGAAAAGUGUUUUUAUGUCAUUUUGAGAUCUUAUUUUUCUCAUGUUGAUAUGUUAGUUAGUCCGUUGUAUGAUGAGAUUAUGGCUUCGUGA